UCAAACAUCACAUCAGGAUCUGACAGUCACCCAAUCUACCGUAACCUGAAUAUUAUCAGAUUUUGAAAUGGAAGGAAAAAACACCCUUCACAGUGGAGAGAGACAGUGGAAAUGUGGGGACUGUGGAAAGGGAUUCAUAACCCCGUCUUUGCUGGAAAUUCAUCGACGCAUUCACACUGGGCAGAGGCCGUUCACCUGCUCCCAGUGUGGGAAGGGAUUUACUCAGUCAUCCAACCUGCUGACACACCAACGGGUUCACACUGGGGAGAGACCAUUCACCUGCUCAGAGUGUGGGAAGGGAUUUACUCGGUCAUCUGACUUGCUGACGCACCAGCGGGUUCACACUGGGGAGAGGCCAUUCACCUGCUCUGAUUGUGGGAAGGGAUUCUCAGUUAAAUCCCACCUGCUGACACACCGACGCACUCACACUGGGGAGAGGCCAUUCACCUGCUCUGAGUGCGGGAAGGGAUUUACUCAGUCAUCCAGCCUGCUGACACACCGGCGAAUUCACACUGGGGAGAGACCAUUCAGCUGCUCUCACUGUGGCACUAGAUUCAGGCGAUCAGAUGAACUCACUGUACACCAGCGCACUCACACUGGGGAGAAACCGUUUACCUGCAUGUGUUGUGGGAAGGGAUUCACACGCUCAUCUGUCCUGCUAAUACACCAGCGACUUCACACUGCAGAGAGGCCGUUCACCUGCUCUGACUGUGGAAAGGGAUUCACUCAGUCAUCCAGCCUGCUGUCACACCAGGGAGUGCACACUGGAGGGCGACCUUUCAUCUGCUCCAAGUGUGGGAAGGGAUUCAUUCGGUCACCUGACCUGCUGAAACAUCAGCGAGUUCAUGAAUAACAACAGUGAUUGAAUUUUGAUGUUAGCCACAUACAGGACUAUGUGACAAUAAACUAUGUUUAUUGAGGUCUGUUUCUGCUGAUGUUAAUAAACUCCAGCCCAGUUAUGGCACCUCCCCCUCCCCCAACAGGGCCAUCUG